UUAGCUAGCGGUGACUGGCUUCAAUUUCCUUUCUCUCGUUUCACUACACUCUUUUGCUCCAAAACCCAAAACCCUAGCUUUCUCCCUCUCGUUCCCACUCCCACCAUGAAUUGCUCCAUCUCCGGUGAGAUUCCGGAAGAGCCCGUCGUGUCCAGGAACUCUGGUCUUCUCUUCGAGAAGCGUUUGAUCGAGAGACACAUAUCGGAUUAUGGGAAAUGUCCAAUUACUGGAGAACCACUUACUCUGGAUGACAUUGUACCAAUCAAAACUGGCAAGAUAGUGAAGCCCAGACCUGUGCAAGCAGCUAGCAUCCCUGGCAUGCUUGGAAUGUUUCAAAAUGAAUGGGAUGGGUUGAUGCUAUCAAAUUUUGCAUUGGAGCAACAAUUGCACACCGCAAGGCAAGAGCUAAGUCAUGCUCUAUAUCAGCAUGAUGCUGCUUGCCGCGUGAUUGCAAGACUUAAAAAGGAAAGAGAUGAAGCUAGGUCUCUACUUGCACAGGCAGAAAGGCAGUUCCCUAUUUCUACACCAAAUGCCAUAACAGCCCCUGUCCUAAGCAAUGGGAAAAGAGCUGCUGAGGAUGAGGAGCUGGCACCUAGUGCGAAGAGAAUACAUCCUGGAAUAUCUAAAAUCAUAAUUGAUGAGCUAACAGACUGCAACGCUGCUCUUUCACAGCAGAGGAAAAAGCGCCAGAUUCCUGCAACUUUGGCUCCUGUUGACGCUCUGGAGACAUACACCCAAAUAUCUAGUCAUCCCUUUCACAAAACUAACAAACAAGGCAUUAUAUGUCUUGAUAUCCUUUAUUCUAAGGACCUAAUUGCAACUGGAGGUGUUGAUACAAAUGCUGUUAUUUUUGACCGACCAUCAGGACAAAUACUAGCUACACUCAGCGGUCACUCCAAAAAGGUAACCAGUGUGAAGUUUGUAGCUCAGGGCGAUUCACUCUUAACUAGUUCAGCAGAUAAGACAGUACGUUUGUGGCAAGGGUCAGAUGAUGGUAACUAUAACUGCAGGCAUAUAUUGAGGGAUCAUACAGCUGAGGUGCAAGCUGUCACCGUCCAUGCCACCAAUAAUUACUUUGUGACUGCUUCGCUUGAUGGCACUUGGUGCUUUUAUGAACUGUCGUCAGGGACAUGUCUCACUCAGGUUUCGGACCCUUCUGGUUCUUCUGCAGGCUAUACAGCUGCAGCUUUUCAUCCUGAUGGUCUCAUUCUUGGAACUGGCACAACUGAUUCUAUUGUUAAGAUCUGGGAUGUGAAAAGUCAGGCAAAUGUUGCUAAGUUUGAUGGACAUGUAGGGCAUGUGAAUGCCAUAUCUUUUUCCGAGAAUGGAUACUACCUUGCGACUGCAGCUCAUGAUGGUGUGAAGCUUUGGGAUCUACGUAAAUUGAAGAACUUCCGUAAUUUCGCUCCAUAUGACUCAGAAACUCCGACGAACUCCGUGGAGUUCGACCACAGUGGAUCCUACAUUGCAAUUGCAGGCUCUGAUGUAAGAAUUCACCAAGUUGCAAAUGUGAAAUCUGAAUGGAACAUUAUCAAAACUUUUCCUGAUUUAUCUGGAACAGGGAAGGCAACGUGUGUCAAAUUUGGUCCUGAUUCAAAAUAUGUGGCGGUUGGAUCAAUGGACCGAAAUCUUAGAAUAUUUGGCUUGCCUGGUGAAGAUGAUGUUCCUGCUGAGUCAUAAUGUGCCUCAGUUGCUUAGCAUCAAAGUCCUUUCCUCUGGUGUGACAGUUGCUGCUGCUAUUGAUGAGUUGGAGAAGUAAAUGAAAGUUUUGGUUUAUUUGAUUAUUCAGUUUGGUUCUUUACAUACCAUAAUGUAUGUGGGAUGGAGCAAAUAUACUUGAGGCUUUCUGCAGCAACAUUACUGUGGCUUGACCUGAUCAGCUGACCUGGAUGACAAGCUGCAAUGCUUGAAAUAUCUUCAAAACCUAAGAGCUUGUAUUAUGAGUAGAUAAUUUUGUAAUGUUAUUACUUACUAUUUAGACAAUAUAUUUGUUAGCCAUUACUCUGGAAGUCUAUAUGGUUGUAGCUCAUUCUUGUGUUUGGUGGAUUUAUUAGACAAUAGACUGUUUAAUUUGGGCAAUUGACAUCAUUAAAAGACA